AGAGAGAGAGAGGGGGAGAGAUAAAAAGGCCAGUUAGGACGCAGCAGCUAGCCAAAUACGAGGAGGAAGCCGCUUGCUGGACGCGAGGAGAAGGGGGAGGAAAAGUAUAGCAGGGAGGGGAUUCAGGUCAGCGCGCCUGCGCGCGGCAGCUGCACGAAGUGAGCAGAAAACUUCGUCCCACGGAAAGGGAAGCUAGACCGACCCAUCCAUCCAUGGCCUCCUCAUCGGCGUCGUCGUUUCCAGGCUCCGUGAUCACCAUGGCAUCCUCGGCGGCGGCGGCAGGCGCCGCGAGCUCCGGGGCGGCCGGCACGGGCUCGCCAUGCGCGGCCUGCAAGUUCCUCCGGCGCAAGUGCCAGCCCGACUGCGUGUUCGCGCCCUACUUCCCGCCGGACAACCCGCAGAAGUUCGUUCACGUGCACCGCGUCUUCGGAGCCAGCAACGUCACCAAGCUGCUCAACGAGCUGAACCCGUACCAGCGGGAGGACGCGGUGAACUCGCUCGCCUACGAGGCCGACAUGCGCCUCCGCGACCCUGUCUACGGCUGCGUCGGCGUCAUCUCCGUCCUCCAGCACCAGCUCCGCCAGCUCCAGCAGGACCUCGCCCGCGCCAGAUACGAACUCUCAAAGUACCAGGCGGCUGCGGCGGUGGCGGUCUCGGCGUCUGUGGGGUGCAACGGGACGCCGGCAAUGGCGGAUUUUAUCGGCAACACGGUGCCCAACUGCACCCAGAACUUCAUCAACAUCAGCCACUCCACGGCGAUCGGCGCUGGCCUUGGGUUCGGGCACGACCAGUUCGCGGCCGUGCAGAUGCUGGCCAGGAGCUACGAGGGCGAGGGAGCUGUCGCGAGACUCGGCGUGAACGGCGGCAGCGGCGGCGGCUACGAUUUCGGGUACACAUCAGGCAUGGGGCCGGUGUCCGGCCUCGGGCCGCUGGGCGGCGGACCGUUUUUGAAACAUGGCACGGCCGGCGGCGACGAGAGGCACACCGCCGCGCAGUAGCGCCCUCAGUUCCAUCCGACAUCCAUCGAUCUUUGGCAGAUAAAAUGAUCUGAGCACGUAUCCACCAAGGCUGAAGACUGGACUGGUGAAAUAUCCUGAAGAUCGUUUAUGUCUACUCCAUUUUACGUGCAGAAAAGAAAGGAGUUCUUGAAUCAAUUAGCACCGCUUGUUUAAUCUGUUGAUGUUGUUCGCUAUAUGAAAUUUGAACCAUAUAUGUAUCCCUAUAUAUUCCCCAGCAGCCAGUGCGUGUGUGAUUUGAGGUUUGAUGAUCCAGUAGUGCUGCUUUCUUGUCCAUUUGAUAUGCAGAAUAUUACAAAUGUAGUGGUAUGAAAUAUGAAACUGAUAACUGCCGCUGGACUUUUACGGUUUUA